AUGGCGGAUUCGAGCGUGAGGAGGUCGCAGCGCAUCGCCGCCCGGGCCGGCGGCCCCUCUCCGGCGGCGACCAAGCGACCAGCCGCGCCCGACGCGACCACGGCGGAGACUUCCUUGAGGAGGUCCAAGCGCAUCGCCCAGCGCGUUGGCCAUGCCAGACGCGACCCGAAAUGGCGUGACUGGGCUGGCGUGACGUCGCUGGCGGUGGAGACCAUCGCCGACCGCGUCCGGGACCGCGACGUGGCGGACUUCAUGCGGUUCCGCGCGGUGUGCAAGCUGUGGAUGGCCGGCAGCAGCACCCAGAAGCCCCGUGAGCUCGGUGAGCACGUCAUCGACCACCGCUUCCACCCUCGCCGGUGGAUCCUGCUGACGGAGCCGCCGGCGCCUGAGGACACGCCCACGCCCACGCGCCGCAAGCUGCUCAACGUCACUACCCGGGAGAUCAUCAAGGUCCAUCUGCCGGAGCUCGCCGGCCACGCCGUGAUCCCUGGACCCGCCGCGGCGCCGGAGGGCAUGCUGGUGGUGUGCGAGAUGACAACUCUUGUCGUGCGCCUGCUGAACCCCCUCACCCGCCACGUCGUCGACCUCCCGUCGCUGCAGACGCUGCAGACAGCUGACAGACACUGGGGGCCCAUUCCCUUCGCGUUCCGCGUGAACCACGUGGUGACGGCCGCCGGCUUCGCCGACGCGUCGACCGUCGUCGUCUACUUCGGCCGCAUCAACCAGAUGGCCAUGGUCAAGCCCGGAGACGCGCUCUGGACCCCGGUUGGUGGCCUCAACCCGGAGUUCCCACUGAGAUCCACGGCUACCUUCCAGUGCCGCUUCUACUGCGUCGACCGCACGAACCUCAUGGUGCUAGACCUGGAUCAACGACAGCUGGUGGUCGCGGCCGACAUGGUGCAGCAGUUCCGCACUGUCAGUCUGGUGGACGACAGCGGCAGGCUCAUGGCGGUCUGCAGCCUGGAGCAGGUUGUACGAUUCGGUGCCCGUAGCAGCUUAACGGAGACACAGAUCGAGUUAUUCCAUGUCGAUCUGGAGAAGGGAACGCUGUUGCCGAUCCUUGACCUAGGUGAACGGGCUAUUUUUACCGGACCACGAGGUGCGGUGCUUCUGCCGAGAACCAACUAUUACUUCUCGGUUGAUCGUGGCACGGUGUUCUUUCGGUUUUGCAAGUCCCAUCAACCGCAUUUUGGUGCGUUCCAUGUCCAUAGCCGUCACACGUGCUAUGUAGCUUCAACAUGGCGUAGACUUGGGGAGCAUGUAGCUUCCUAUGCCACCGCUGGUAUCAAGUAGUGUGACGACAUAUGCUCUGAGAGAACUGUAUGUGAUGUUUUUAUUCCUCCCGCAUUCGACAUUUUGGAUGCUUAGU